AUGUGUAUACUGUGUGUGAUUCAGAAGUGGUCAAGGAGGGUUGCUACCAUGUUGCCAUGGUUAGUGAUUCCACUGAUUGGGCUUUGGGCUCUAUCGCAGCUAUUGCCCCCUGCUUUCCGUUUUGAAAUCACAUCGCCAAGGCUGGCAUGCGUGUUCGUGCUGUUAGUAACCCUUUUUUGGUAUGAGGUUUUGAUGCCUAAGUUGUCCGCCUGGCAGGUCCGGAGGAAUGCUUGGCUUAGGGAGAGGAAGAGGAUUGAGGCAAUUGAAAUUCAAAAGUUGAGGAAGACUGCUACACGGAGGUGUAGGAAUUGUUUGACUCCAUAUCGGGAUCAGAGUCCUGGUGGGGGCAAGUUUACGUGCUCAUAUUGCGGGCAUAUUUCAAAGAGGCCCGUUCUUGACUUGCCCGCCUCUCUGGAUUUGGGGAGUUCAGGGAUUUUUAAGUAUUUAGUGGGGAAAAGUGGGACAAUGUUCAACAGAACGGUUUGGUCGGAGAAUGGGAAUUGGGUUGGGAGACCUUAUGAUGAGAAGUCAAGUUAUUGGAAGAAGAAUGGUGGUGGGUGUGUUGGUGAGGAAAAUCAUUUUUCGGCAGAGAAGUCUUAUUCCCACAUUUUUAUUUUUACUUGCAAGGUAUCUACGACUUUCUUUUUGACUAUAGUGUGGUUUUGGAGGAAGAUUUUUAGGGUUAGUUCAUCCAGUGAUAAUACUUCAACUGAUGCAGAGCUCAUACAGCUAUUGGAUAAGCGAGGUGAGAGUGGAGGGAAUUUUCAUGAGAGUAGAGGAGAGAAAGCUCGCAGAAAAGCUGAGGAGAAGAGGCAGGCUAGAUUAGAGAAGGAGCUACUCGAGGAGGAGGAAAGAAAGCAGAGAGAAGAAGUUGCGAGGUUGGUUGAAGAACGUAGGAGAUUGCGGGAUGAGAAGACGGAAGACAGAAAAAAAUGUGGAAAAGAGUUCCCUCCUGAGAAGGAUAGAAAUAGGAAAAAAGAAACUGAAAAGAAACAUCAGGAUAGAAAGAAAGAAAGAGAUAGGGGAUCAAGCAAAAGCAAUUCUGAUGCAGAGGAAUCAGAAACGAGAUUUGGCAAGGAGAGCACACGAAACAAAAACAUAGAUGGUGACAAAUGCGAACAAUACAGCAAUGUAUCUGAAAAUGUGAAAUCUCAUAGUGCAGAAGUGGGUCAUGGAUUUAAGGGUGCUACUAUGAACAGUCAUAACCGAGGAACUGCUGGAACAAGAUACCUGGAUCGUAUGAAGGGCACCUUUAUAUCUUCUUCUAGAGCAUUUACCGGAGGUGGUUUUUUGGGAAGAAGUGAUAAUAUUUCUACUGUUUCAAGCGAGCACAGACUUAAUGCAUCUGUAGAUCAUGUUCAAGGUUCUGCAUAUAGGAAAGAUGUAUUGCAACCGGAAUGGGUAUCUGGGAGAUCAAAUGUAAAUGGAGAUGAUAAGAAUGUCUAUCGUCCUGUGUUCACUGAACCUCAACUAUGUCCAGCCCCCAAAAAAUCAUGGCAACAAUUAUUCACUCGUUCAUCUUCUGUUUCUGCACCCUCUAUUCCGAAUGUCAUUGGUGGGCCAAACGUGAAGUCCCAAACAGAAGUUCAGAGCCCACUACAACUAUUUGAUGGACCUAUUAACUUUGGACAGCUGCCACCAUCUACUUUACCCUCUCUUCCUUUUAGAUUAACAAGCAGCAGUCGAUGUCAUCCACUGUCGUCUGAAGCUAUAUUACCUAGGAUUGGAGAAGCGCCAGAUCAACUUUUACCAGAGUCAGAGAUUUUUGAAGACCCUUGUUAUGUUCCAGACCCUGUAUCCUUGCUUGGGCCAGUUUCUGAAUCACUCUAUAACUUUGAUUUGGACCUCGGCUUUGUUACAGAUACAGUAUUGAAAGCAUCGUGUGCUGUGAAGACUACACCUGCACCAUCUGAAGUCACCAAGCCAUCACCAAUUCAGUCCCCAUUGUCCCGAUCACGAGUUUCAGAGGAAAGGCAGGGUAGUUCUGUUUUUCCCCCUAGUACUCCUAAAGCUCAGGAUAAUUCCAACGACGCAAAUGACAGUGGAACAUGGCAGAUGUGGAAUAGUUUGCCUCUAGGUCAGGCUGGUCUAGGUUUGGUAGGUGAAUCCAUCAGCUGGCUUUUGCCUCCAGAACUGAGCAGACCAAAGGAAGAUAUUAUGCAUCCGGUACCUCAGAAAACAAUGGCUUCACUGUUUAAGAAUGAUGAGCAUGUCAAUGCUGGCACUCAUUCUUCUCAAAAUAUUUUUCUUGGCAAUUUUCAGAAUGCUGGGACAUUUGAUAGUUCUGUGCCUAGCAUUGUUGAUGGUCCAUGGUUGCCAGAAACUUUGUACGGCCCAACUUCAGCUGGUGAGAACCAAAUUUUGUUGAAUCCUAGGGAGACAUCUGAUCGUAAUGGUAUAAUUUAUGGGAGUUCCAGUGAUGCUGCUCAACUUCAAUUUGACUUGUCUGCAGCUAAUUCUUGGGCCAAAAAGGACUGGACAGGAGAGGGCUCAAGAGACGGCACUGGAAACUCUUCAACAUCGAGGCCCCAUAUCGGUGGCCUUUACUCCACCUCAGAUGCACAACAUCUUUGGUCUUAUAAUUAA